CCCUCCAUCUCUCACUCCUCUCAUCUCAACUUCUCAACUUCGAUCUCAACCCAGUCCAGUCCCAUCUCUUAAACUACUCUUCAAACAUAUGGCGCGCAUUAGCUUUUCCUUGCUCCUGCUGCUUUCAGUCCUCUGCGCGGCCGGCAUGGUCGAGUCAUCCAGCUCUACAGACUUCAUCAAGACCUCUUGUGGCGCCACUCGGUACCCCACGGUGUGCGUCGAGAGUCUCGCCGUGUACGCCAAUGCGAUUCAACAGAGCCCUCGCCAACUAGCCCAAACUGCCCUGAAAGUGAGCUUGGACAGGGCCAAAUCCACCAAGGUGUUCGUGUCGAAGAUGACCAGAAUGCAUGGAUUGAAGGGCAGACAAUACCAAGCUGUGAAGGAUUGCGUCGACACCAUGGGCAACAGUGUGGACCGCCUCAGCCGAUCCAUUCAGGAGCUGGGGCAGAUCAGUCGAGGUAGCAGUCAGGAUUUCAUGUGGCACAUGAGCAACGUGCAGACCUGGGUGAGCGCUGCACUCACCGACGAGAACACUUGUAUGGAUGGGUUUGCGGGCCGCGGCAUGGAUGGACAUGUGAAGAUGGCCAUAAGAGGGAAGAUCGUCAACGUCGCACAGGUUACCAGUAAUGCGUUAGCGUUGGUUAACCAGUAUGCAUCUACGACUGUUACGCAUAAGCCAUAGCCAUGAAUGAAGGGUCCCUUUUGAGUGCCUAAGCUUUUCUUUGUACGCUUUUGGUGUAGUUUUGGUUUCCCUUUGUGUUAAUGACGCAAAAUAUAUGCAAGUCCCUAGUGAUGAGCGACUAUGUAAAUGUUACAUGUAUAUCCUUAAUGAAAAGUCCCUAUCCGGCUGUAGUAGGUUUUGUUUAA